CGAUGACAGCUUCACUUCCGGUUCCGGCGGUGUGGGGAGCCGGGCCGAUAUGGAGGAAGAUGCCGCUGGCCGGAGAGCUGAAGCUAGGGCAGGAACAACAGCCUAGGAAUCCCGGACUGCAGAGCGCCGGUACUGUGAACAGGGCCACCCAGGGUUUAGGAGGCAUUCAGGCACAAUGGAGGAUAAACGCAACAUCCCAAUCAUUGAGUGGGAACAUCUGGACAAGAAGAAGUUCUAUGUCUUUGGCUUGGCAAUGACAAUGAUGAUCCGAAUCAGCGUCUACCCCUUCGCCCUUAUCCGCACACGGCUCCAGAUACAGAAGGGCAGGAGCCUCUAUCAAGGAACCUUUGAUGCCUUUGUCAAGAUUCUGCGAACAGAUGGGGUGUUAGGCCUCUAUCGGGGUUUCUUGGUCAACACUCUCACCCUGGUCUCUGGCCAGUGCUAUGUCACCACCUAUGAGCUCACCCGGAGGUUUGUGUCGAAGUACAGUCAGAGUAACACUGUCAAGUCCCUAGUGGCUGGUAGCUCAGCCUCAUUGGUGGCCCAGAGCAUAACAGUGCCCAUUGACGUGGUCUCCCAGCACCUGAUGAUGCAGCGCAGGGGGGAGACCAUGGGCCGAUUCCAGGUGCAACGGUAUGAAGAGGGUCAAAGGGUAGUGGCCUUUGGCCAAACCAAGUAUAUCAUUCAGCAGAUCCUUCGAGCUGAUGGAAUACGGGGCUUCUACCGAGGUUAUGUGGCUUCUCUUCUCACCUACAUACCCAACAGUGCUUUAUGGUGGCCCUUCUACCACUUUUAUGCAGAGCAGCUCUCCCAUAUCUGUCCUAAGGACUGCCCCCACAUAAUCUUCCAAGCCAUUUCUGGGCCCUUGGCUGCAGCCACUGCUUCCGUCAUCACCAAUCCAAUGGACAUUGUCCGAGCCAGGGUACAGGUGGAGGGCAAGAACUCAAUUGUCUUGACCUUCAAGCAGCUGUUGGCAGAGGAGGGGCCCUGGGGCUUCAUGAAGGGUCUCUCUGCCAGGAUCAUUGCAGCAACUCCCUCCACUAUGUUUGUAGUGAUAGGCUAUGAGAGUCUCAAGAAUGUUCAGCCUUCGGUCAGAACUAGUUGA